AUGACAAUACCGCGUCUCGAACUCUCAGCUGCCGUGCUGCUCGUGCGUCAAGCCCUCAAAAUUCGCGAAGUGCUCGAACUACAAACCGCACCGAUCCAUCUCUGGACCGAUUCGACGGUCGCUCUUACGUGGAUCAAAAGUCAUCCAUCCCGGUGGAAAGACUUCGUACGGAAUCGCGUCUCUUUUAUUCAAGAGCUCUCAAACUCUAGAUGGCAUCACGUCUCCGGGAAGGAGAAUCCCGCCGAUCUCGCAUCACGAGGCGUGACUCCUCAACGUCUUCAACAAGAAGAACUCUGGUGGGCCGGCUCUCAUUGGCUUCAAAAGCAUUCGACAUCUUGGCCGUCUUCAACUCCGAUUCUCGAGUCUACGGAUAACCUCGAAGAACGGUCUCCGCAGUCCGAAAUCAAAACCUUGAAGAGCCAACGAUCACUCUCAACCUCGAGCUCUCUCCAUCGUCUAACGCCAUUCCUCGACAACGAUGGACUUUUGCGUUUACGCGGACGUUUACUCCGGUCACAACUCAAUCCAGCAGAAAAACAUCCGCUGAUUCUACCUCGAGAAUGUCGAUUAUCAAUUCUCGUGAUGGAUCAUCAUCAUCGAAAGACUCUACAUGGCGGACCGCAAUUGACGUUAUCAUCGAUUCGUCAAAAGUUCUGGAUCAUCGGAGGUCGCGUUCCUGUUAGAGCUUUCAUCCACAACUCGUCUGCGAUACAUCUAGAAGUCGCUACAGACUAUUCUACAGACGGUUUUCUGGCGGCAUUCAGGCGAUUCACCGGACGACGAGGCAUCUGCUCUACUCUGACUAGUGAUUGCGGCACGAACUUGAUCGGUGCCGACGCAGAACUCAAACGAAUGUUCACGGCCUCUUCUCGCGAGUGGGCUCACAUCGCUAACGUUCUCGCCAAUGACGGAGUGAGGUGGAAAUUCAAUCCACCCUCCGCCCCCCAUUUUGGAGGAAAGUGGGAAGCUGGGGUAAAAUCCGUAAAAUUUCACUUGCGGCGCGUUCUCGGCGACGCCCUCCUCACCUACGAGGAACUUACAACGCUCUUGGUGCAAAUCGAGGCGAUUCUGAAUUCGCGCCCGCUAACUGCUCUCUCAGAUGAUCCGUCGGACCCUACCGCCCUAACGCCUGGACACUUUCUCGUCGGCUCAACUCUCGCCACCGUGCCGGAACCCUCACUCCAAGAAAUGCCUCAAAAUCGGUUGUCGCGUUGGCAACUAUUGCAACGCAUGAAGGAAUCAUUCUGGCAACGAUGGUCGUCAGAAUAUCUGCAACAGCUACAGACUACCUUGAAACAAUAUCGACCUCAAGAUGCCUUUCAGAAAGGCGCGCUCGUUCUAAUCAAGGACGAACGGUUCCCUCCAUCUAAGUGGCCUCUAGCACACAUUACUGACGUGCACCCUGGAGUCGACGGACUUAUUCGAGUCGCCACAGUGAAGACAGCUACCUCCAGUUUCCAGAGACCAAUAGUGAAAUUGUGUUUGCUGCCGAUCGAAAAUCAAUAA